AUGGUGGUGGUAUGGUUUGUAGUGGCAUCAUGUCAAAUAUGGGUGAGAAGAAGGAAUGUGGUGAGCAGCUUGCAAAAUCUGGCAUCUUGCAUCCCUUUUGUGAGUGGGACUGCAAAGAAACCAGCAGCAGUGUUGCCAAGACACUCAGAAAGUGAAGACCACCAAGCCCAAGUGCUUGUGCCGAGCAUCGACCCUUCUCUAGGCCUUCCGGUUAACACCACUUCGGCUCUUCAAAUGCCAUCCCCGCUUGCAACAUUGAUGCCAGUGUCUAAUUGCCCUAAUAUAUUCACCAGUCAACCUCCUCUUGUUCUUCUUCUUGAGUGGGACAAGUUCGAACUCUGUAUCGAAGGCAACCCUAGCAGCAUUAAUGGGGACAAAGUGAAGGUAUUUGUGGGAGCAAAUUGCCUUGCGUUGAUGGCAUGGGUUUUCAUGUGA